AUGUCCAAGGUGAGCUUGGCGAGGUGGACAAAUGAAAUGAGCCAAGGUGGCACUGGCCUGCGCUGGACCAGUGGAGCACAAGUGCAAGAAGGUGCUGCGAAAUCCAGACAGCACCCGCGGCAAUGGCUCAAAUGCUGGAGAUUUGACACCUUGCUGAAGCGUGAGUAUGUGGUCCUACAUGCCUUUGUUUUGGGACGACGUCAGGGGCCUAGCAGCAGGACGGAGUACCACAAGCUGAGUUACUUGGUGCCCAGCUUGGAGUCCUCCGUCAGCGUGGUGGAGCCUGAAGCCUCAGAAAAAGCGCUGUCGGACAUCUUGUUCAAAAAGUGGGCCAUGGUGGUGAUGUCUCGUGGUGAGACGGUUCACCUCCCCGACCGGGAGAACCGAAGUGGCCCGGCCCAAGGUCAAACCUCUCCGCAGCUCGCCAUCAUGCCACUGAUUGACCUGGUGGAUCAUCAUUUGCCGCAACCGCUCUUUUCCAGCGAUGACUUGCUCAAGUAUCAGGAUGCCGACGCGGCGGCUGUGACGCUGAAAGCGCGGCAGGACCUUGCACCCGAAGCGGCGCGGGGUCCCGGCAGGGCUAUUACUGUGGGCUACGGUGUGCGCUCCAACGCGGAUUAUUUGCUGUACCAUGGCUUCACGAUGCCGCAGAAAUGGAGCGAAAUCACGCCCCUUUGGCGCAGCAACCCGCAACUCGGGGAGCUUGUCACGCCCGGCUGGGAGAAGACAGUAGGCCUUUGGUUGGCAGGGACUUGCGGAAUGCUCUUCAGCAUGAUUGCCAUUGGAGGAUACACUCGUCUCUCUGGCAGCGGCUUAUCAAUGACCGACUGGCGCCUGGAAGGUCGAAGACUUCCUUGGACGCAAGAGGCCUGGGUCAAAGAGUUUGAAGAGUACAAGAAGUAUCCAGAGUACCAGCGCUUGCACAGUGGCAAGAUGGAACUGGACGAGUUCAAAAGGAUCUACUUCGUCGAGUGGUUCCAUCGCAUGUGGGGCCGAACUGCGGGGCUUUUGUUCGCGGGUCCGUUGGUCUACUUUGCCGGCCGCGGCAUUCUACGGGCACGGCUAGGGCUGAACCUCACAGGUCUUUUUGCUCUGGGCCUUUCACAAGCCUUCGUGGGCUGGUGGAUGGUCAGGAGCGGUUUUGACCCACCGGAGAAGCACACACCCACCUUGGGCCCCAACCAACGGCCGCGUGUCUCGCCUUACCGCCUGGCUUCUCACUGGACGGCCGCCCUCACCAUCUAUGCCGGCUGCGUGUGGAACACCUUUAGUUUGCUGCGCCCAAGCCCCGGUGCAAUGCACAAGAGCGCCCAAGCCGUCAAAGCGGCCACGCAGUUAAGGGCCAUGGCCCUUCCAACCACCGCCCUUGUGACGCUCACAUUGCUCAGUGGCCCCUUCGUGGCCGGGAACGAUGCUGGUCGUGCCUACAACACUUGGCCCAAGAUGUUGGAUGACUGGGUGCCACCUGAAUGGUGGUCCUUCAUUUCGUCACCCUUGGAGAAGUGGCGAGCUCUUUUUGAGGAGACGGCCGUGGUGCAGUUCAACCACCGGAUGUUGGCCUACUCUUCGGUAGCCGCCUCCCUGGCCCUGUGGCUCUACAGCACCCAGUUGCCACUGUCCGCUGCGGCAGCCGGGGCCUCCUCACUGCUUCCUGUGGUGCUGGGCGGGCAGAUGUUCCUUGGCAUCGCCACCCUGAUGCUCUACGUGCCCAUUGAGUUGGGUGUUUUGCAUCAAGCCGGUGGUGUAACGGUGCUGACCACCUUGCUCUACGUCUUGCACAGCCUGCGUUUGCCUGUGGCAGUUGCCGCAGUGCUGCUCUGCACGCAGUACACCAUGGUAGAACUGCCGUUGCCCGCGGACUUCCCAACUUGGAAAUCCAGGCACCUGGCUCACUCUUACCGUUUUGCCUUACCAGCAUGUCCCAGCAGUCAGGGCACCCGGGGCAGGGCAGCGGUGAAACAACGGGGAGAUGAGAUGGGAUGGGCUCCACAGGUUCUGUCAACACGCUGUCAGUCUCCCGAAAGGUCUCCGACCUCCCAAGGCAAAGCCACGCCGCACAUCGCUGUGGGCGCAGCGCGCUUUCUCUUGGCGAGCGAGGAAGAUGUGGUGGGCUUUGAAGAGAGAUUGCAACAGGUCCCCAAGUCCCCCCAAAGUGACCUGGAUCCGGCACAGGCGGAUCCAUGUGGUAUAGGUAGGUUCUCCAAGUUGAUCCAAGUGGCAUGUUACGCACCCAGCGCCUUGUGGCUCAAAGUUCUGCUGAACCCGCCGCGUAACCCGCCCCGCAGCGCUACAUCCACCAUGUUCGCAUGCUGUAUUCAAGCGGAGCCAGCUGAUUCAACUGCCGAGAUCGGCAUUCCCUCAGUGCCGGCCGUGCCGGCGGUGGCUCCCGACCCGGAGCCGGUGAAGAAAGCGCUGGUUCCGGCGCCGGAGUUCGGAAGCUUCACAGUGGAGGUGUCAACCAAGGGGUUUGCUUCACUGGGACUCAAACUGGACGGAAUCGCUCAAGGUACGGGGCAUAUGAUCGAGGAAGUGGAGUCGGGCGGAGCCAUUGCUGCGUUCAACAAGGAGACGCCAACUCAAAGUCUCAAGGUCUACGAUGUGAUCAUGGCGGUCGACGGUGUCAAGGGAUUCGAUGAGAUCCAGGGCAAGUUGGCGACACUUCCCGAAACGGUGACUUUGCUCCUGAGUCGCCCGCAGAAAGUGCAGGUGACGCUCAAAAAGACGGGCCCUUUGGGAAUGAAGAUGGACUACAAGGAAACGAGUAUGGGCUGCGUCAUCAGUGAGCUGAACGAAACUGGAAUCCUGGCCAAAUGGAACAAGGAGAAUCCAGGGCAACGUGCUGGCGUCUCUGAUCGCAUCGUGGAGUUCAACGGAAAGCCAGUCAAGGGCGGAGAGCUGUUGGAGAAGCUGAAGAAGGAGGACACGAUUCCGCUGACUGUGCUGAAGUACUGAGAGUUGGAUGGACAACGGCUGGUAGCCUUUCAGCUGUUGUGUGGAACUGGGUUGUACAUAUUUCCUGACUAAACUGAUCUAAAAAUGGUUGGCCACCAAUAUUAAGUUGGGAGUUUGACUUUGCC